UUACCCAGCAUGCUUACGCCGAUUGACUUCCUGUCCGGAUGCAAAACCCCGGGCAGUUUACGGUUACUACGAGCAAUGGGUCCGUUGCUAUGGGGUAUACUUUUCUGUAAUUUUACACUUAUAAUUAAUUCUCAAAUUACCACCACACCACAAACGAGAGAAAACGAACAUUUAAUAAAUGUAAACAAGAUAAACACCGGGACCACUACACAGAGUGACCCCGAUCCGACUGAUUCAGCAAUCCGAUCAACAACAGAUAGCGGCUUUUUAGAUUCUGGUAAAAUCGGUUCCACUGCCGACCCGAGUGCUGAGAGAGUGUCCCCGUCUGCCUCCACCGGCUUGAAUCCUACCGCUUCUGCAAGCGAGAUAUCGACUGGGAAAGAGGUUACCAAAGCAGGCACAGUAUCAAAACCGCUGCCGCUCACUGGAUCUCUUCCAACGCCCAUCACCGACGUGUCCAGUCUGUGCCCCUGUGAUUUGUUGGAGCGUCAGUGUGAUGCCAAUUGCUGCUGCGAUCCAAACUGUGCAGCAGAUGUCACUCUCUUUACAACAUGCUUGCUUCAGAAAUUGAUUACUAAUAGCCAGCUCUGCAGUCAGCAAGCAGCGGUCUACUCCCUCAAUGUGACAAACGGUUCAACACAAAGUACAUUUACCUUGACUGACCAGGUCAAUCCAGAUGUCUUCUGCAUACAGACAGCCAACUAUGAGUCCGGCUUGUCCUUCGCGCCCCCUGAGGUGCCAACAGACAGUAACUUUGACAGUCUGGUCUGGAAGUUCACAGGCUACUUCUUCAGCUCUACAGCCGCGAGUCAGACACAAGCAGAGUCAAGCAGAGCGACUUCAAGCAGAGCAGGGAGCCAGGCGGCUGGCUAUCAGUAUGCUGACCUUAUUCGAACACUCAGCGAGGAAAAUGGCGAGGGAUUUCUCAAGCUACCGGCCGCAGCAGCAACUUCCCAGUGUGCACACAGCAACCCUGCAGCCUUUUUAGAAAACCAGACGACUCGGUGCAGCCGAAAGUUCAUCGUGGCGAGAGACUGCACCACUCUCUCUGUGCUAAACCUGCAGAGCUAUCAGGAUUUCCGAAUCCUGUCUAUUCCAAAUAUAAACAGCUCGCAGGUGAGUAUCAGUGUGAGCUCCAUCUCAGUGCAGUCCCUGGAUGGGAGCCGCAGUCUGCUGAACAACACUGAUGUAUCGUCUUACACACCUGAGCUGCUGCAGGCUGGCACAGUGUGCAAUAAUGUCGUGCUUCAAGUGAGUUAUCUGAUCUCAUAUAAUGAUACAGGUGCUAUUGUGGAUGCCAAAGUGUCCUUCAUACUGGGAGCCUUGAACAGUUCUAUGGUGCCAGCACCACAGAGCCUCCAGAACACAUUUGUGCAGGAGAAUACAAAUCCUGUUCCUUCAAGUGGAAACCCGGGAUAUGUUGUUGGGCUCCCUCUAGUGGCUGGAUACAGAACUGCAGGGUCCCCCAUUGUACUGAGUACUAACAGAUUUGGGAUGCUGACCAUUAUUAAAAGUUCAAGCAAUCAAGAUUGCUUGGCCGUCUCAGGAGAAAGGACCCCUGUUCUGUUUGGCUUCAGUCUGGUGUCGGGCUGUAAAUUCAGGGUUCCCAGUACUAAGAAUUGCACCCUCCUUUCUGAAACAAUCCUGGGAGUACUGAGAGGACAGGAGUUCCCUCAGUAUGUUGCCUCUUUUGGAAAUUCAAAGCCCCAGAAUGUCUUAGACUGGGUCCAGAUCAAGACAGAAACUUCUGUAAUGGGUUGCAACAUCCCCCUGUCUUUAGACAUCAUAGUGCAGUGGACAAAGUACGGGUCCCUGGUCAAUCCACAAGCUCAGAUUGUGAGCGUGACAGAAAAAAUCAACUCCUUUAGCCUGAAUGGUCCCACGGCAGGCAGGAUCAUGCAGAUCUCCAGUUCAGUCUCCUUCGUUGACGUCUCUGCAGCUGCACAGGCUGGUUAUAAAGCCCCGCCCACCAUCGAUGCCAAACUCCCCUUCAACUUCUUCUUCCCAUUUGUCUAAAGAAAGCAGCGUCCAGUCGACCAAGAUCUCUAUGCUUAGAUAUAGCAAGUUGUUUAUAACUAUGAGGUUAUGAAUUCAAUUUCAAGACAACAUUUUAAAGUGGGAUUUGCUUUAACGCAGGGGUCUCCAACCCUGGUCCUAGAGAGGCCCAAUCCUGCAGGUUUUAUAGAUGUCUUUACAUCAUCCGUCUCUAAAGAUCUGGAACAUCUGUUAAUCUGAUUAAGCCAGUAAUUGGUGCAAUCAAGUAACAGAGAGCGGGGUUGAAACGAAAACCAGAAGACCCUGCAGCUCUCCAGGACCAGGGCUGGAGACCCCUGCAAGUUUAACCCAUUAUAAUGUAAUGGUGCUGGGUUGUGGCGAAUUGAUCGUUCUUUAAUCAGUUUCCCAUUGGAUUUAUUGGUGCAGAUUGUAAAUAUUGUGUUGAACUAUUUAUUUGUAAUACAAGUGUGUAUGUAAUCUUUUUUUUUUUUAAUAUCAAGUAAACAAGACACUUUUUAAACUUACACUUUAAUAAAAUAUAUUUUUGAUUCACGUUU